AUGACUUGCCAGACCUACAGCUUGUUUGUUCUGUCUGUCAUCAUGAUUUAUUUUGGGCGUUUUGGAAAUAGCUUAAUUCUUGCACAACUUCAAAAUGAUAUAGACCAACUGAAAGCUGACUUUAACUCAAGUCAUUCAGAUGUAGCUGAUGGUGGACCUAUUUUUACAGAGAAACUGAUAAACUGGACAGAGAGAAAUGAAAAAAGGAUCAUCCUGAGCCAGAUUGUUUCCAUGUACUUGGAAAUCCUUCAAAAUGCUGACAAGUCAAAGGCGCAUGUCAGGCACAUAUCCGAGGAGCUCUCUACUCUUAAAGACAGCCUUCCUGAUGGCUUAAAGAAGAUGAAAGACCUCAUGGACCUGACAAAGCUUCAGAUGAGUGACUUGAAAAUUCAACGCAAAGCUGUGAAUGAGCUGUUCAGUGUCUUAAAAAAACUGCUGGAGACUUCAACUUCUCUCAAAAGGAAAAGGAGCCAGUCCCAGAGGAGAUGCAAAUGCUAA